AGUCUAUUUCAGGGUUUCUUUAAUGCCUGUAUUUCUUUGAAAACUGCCAGAGGACAACAAAUGUUAAUUCACAACGGCUACAAAUAUAUACGCGAAUAUUCACGAGGUCUUAACACUUAUUGGUGUUGUAAAGAAUUUAGGACCAAAAUCAAAUGUCGUGGAAGGUCAAAAACGGUGGGAGACCGAAUAAUUGAAACACAACCACAUACUUGUAUUCCAUCGUCUUCUGUCGAGGAACUUCUUAAUGGAAGCUAUAUUGUUCAAAAACCUCAAGGAUGUAAUACACUGCCCAGUGAUGGUGGAAGGGAGUCUGUCGCAGGUUUUCUUAAUUUUCUUUUCGAUGGAGGGUUAAUUGUAAGAGUUGGAUUUUUUAGCUUCCCAAAAAUUCCUUUACAUUUGCGUUUGACAUUUUACUAA